CCUACUCCAGCCAACACCCUCCUCCUCCAAUCCUUCGAAUGGCACACUCCCUCUCCUCACCCAACCACGGGCCAAUCACACUACGUCCACCUCACCAAUCUCCUCCCGUCAUUGGUCGAAAACCUCGGAAUUACACAUUUAUGGCUCCCACCAGGCUGUAAAGCCAACGACCCCAGCGGACGUGGGAAUGGAUACGAUUGUUAUGAUUUAUGGGAUUUGGGGGAGUUUGAUCAGAAGUGGAGGAGGGAGACUAAGUGGGGGAGUAAGGAGGAGUUGAUGGUGCUGCUGGAGAAGGCGAGAGAGCUGCGGGUUGAGGUGAUUUGGGAUGCGGUUCUGGGGCACAAGACCGCGGGGGAUGAGAUUGAUUUGGGAGAGGAUGGGAGUGGGGUUUGGGCUGUUGAGGUUGAGGGGAGUGACCGCCACCACGAACUCUGCCCACCCAAGAAAAUCCACCCCUGGCUAAAAUUCAACUUCCCCGGCCGCCUCAAUCCCUCCAAUUCCAACCCUGCUUCCACCUUCCAAUGGAACGCCACCCACUUCUCCGGCGUAGACUGGUGCGACCGCGAGAAGCGCAACGCAAUCUUCAAACUCAUCUCCGAUCCCGCCACUCAUCCCCGACCAAAUCCUUCUCAACUCCCCUUUCCCAUCCCUGGCCGCUGGGCAGAAGACGUCGAUCAAUCCAAUGGCAACAACAACUAUCUCAUGUUCUCUUCCAUUGACUACACCCACCCCACUGUCCGCUCCGACACCCUAUCCUGGUCCCGCUGGAUGAUCACCACAACCGGCAUCUCCGGGUUCCGGCUCGACGCAGCACAGCACAUAUCCCGCUCCUUCCUACGGGACUUCAUCGCCACGUCCGUCUCCACUCACCGAGAUCACCACGCCGGAAAAGAUCCCUUCAUCGUCGCCGAAGUCUGGACGCCUGAAGUCGCCAACCAAAACACAUUCCUCGACGGCGUCACUCCCAGUCCAGACGUCCUCGUCCGCGUAUUCGAUACCCCACUGCUCAACAACUUUGCCCGCAUAUCCGCAGACGUAGUCUCCUCCUCCCCCAACGCAGACCUCCGAACCAUCCUACUCAACCCCUCCGACCCUGCCCACGCCUCACUCGUCUCCCUCCGCCCGACGCAAGCGGUCACCUUCGUCGCGAACCACGAUACCCAAGCCGGACAAUCGAUGGAGACACCGAUCUCCCCCGACCUGAAAGUCUUAUUCUACGCAUUCAUCCUCCUCCGCAAAGAGGGCACACCCUGCGUCUUCUGGGGCGAUCUCUACGGUACACAAGGACCGCAUGGCGUCGGACCAGCUUGCCAAGUCCCUACCGGAGACGGAGGAAGAAGCACGAGAUCCCUCCUCCCCACCCUCUGUCUCGCGAGGAACUUAUUCGCCUACGGCGAGCAGAGAGACUACUUCGACGAGAGCGGAUGUAUUGCCUGGACGAGAGCGGGGACGUGGGAUCGGGAGGGUUGUUGUGUGGUGCUGAGUCUAGGAGGGAGGUGGACGGGGAAGAGAAUGUGGGUUGACAGGGGAAGGGGAGAAAGGUGGGUUGAUUUGUUGAGUGGAAGGAGGGUGAGCGUUGGGGGGGACGGGUGGAGGGUUUUUGAAGUAAAGGGACGAGGGGUGGGGGUUUGGGUUAGAGAGGGGGCGGAGGGAGUUGGGAGGUUU